UCGUAGACGUUGGAGAGAAAAGCGGAGAGCUUGAUAACAGAAAUGGACCCUGAGACUUUCGCUAUCGGCAGCUACUUCAAGUGGGACCCAAGAGGAGUGUUGCCCCCAACGCCGGCGCGAAUUAUCGAGGCGGUAGCGACGGUGCCGCAACCGCACACGGCUGCUUGCAUGGGAAGGCAGAGAGAUGUCGGAGGACUAGAAGAGUUGUUUCAAGCGUACGGGAUAAGAUACUACACCGCAGCGACGAUAGCCGAGUUAGGGUUCACAGUGAACACUCUUUUAGGCAUGAAGGAAGAGGAGUUAGAUGAGAUGAUGAAUAGCGUGUCGCAGAUAUUCAGGUGGGAGCUGCUAGUCGGUGAAAGGUACGGCAUUAAAGCCGCCGUCAGAGCUGAAAGAAGAAGGCUAGAAGAAGAGGAGUAUUCAAGGCGAAGACACUUGGUUUCAGGUGACACCAUCGCCAUGGAUGCUCUCUCCCACGAAGAGUUAUCGGAGGAGGCAGUUCAGCAAGAGAAGGAAGUGGCGGUGAGCGGCGGCACGUGGGAUGCGGCGGUAGGCGGUGGAAAGAAGAAGAUACGGCGACGGACUGGGAAGAAGAAGGUGAUCGAAGUCGAUCAAGAAAAUGAAUUAGAGGGCGGUGAUGAUGAUGAAAAUGGUGAUAUCGGCGGAGGCUGCUACGAGAGACAGCGAGAACACCCUUUCAUUGUCACGGAGCCAGGGGAGGUAGCACGUGGUAAAAAGAACGGCCUCGAUUAUCUCUUCCAUCUUUACGAGCAGUGCCGGGAGUUCUUGAUUCAAGUCCAAAACAUCGCCAAGGAGCGCGGCGAAAAAUGCCCCACCAAGGUGACCAAUCAAGUUUUCAGAUAUGCUAAGAAGGCCGGGGCGAGCUACAUUAACAAACCCAAAAUGCGACACUAUGUGCACUGCUAUGCGCUGCAUUGCCUCGACGGGGACGCGUCUAAUGAGCUGAGGAGAGCUUUCAAGGAGCGAGGCGAGAAUGUUGGUGCAUGGAGACAGGCUUGCUACAAGCCUCUCGUGGCCAUCGCUUCUCACCAGGGCUGGGACGUGGAUGCGGUGUUCAACGCGCAUCCCCGUCUUGCUAUUUGGUAUGUUCCGACCAAGCUUCGACAACUCUGCCAUCUCGAACGGAACAAUGCCACGGCUUCUAGCUCCGUUUCCGGCGUCGCAAACAAUUCCGCCACUUGUUUAUAUUGAGGGAAGAGAGAAAAGGGUAACUAGCUAGGCAUUUGUGUUAUGUGUGGAAAGUCGUAUUCGAAUCACAAAC